AUGGCCUCACUGGCGACUCAGGGCCCCCCGGUCCCUGACUUCUUUUCCGGGUUGCCACCGGCGGCCUCAACUCCUGCCAACCAGAGCACGGAGGCCUCGGCGGUCAAUGGGUCGGCGGCUGACCCAGGCGCUCAGGCCGUCACGCCUUUCCAAAGCCUGCAGCUGGUGCAUCAGCUGAAGGGGCUGAUUGUGCUACUCUACAGCAUCGUGGUGGUUGUGGGGCUGGGGGGCAACUGCCUGCUGGUGCUGGUGAUUGCGCGGGUGCGUCGGCUGCACAACGUGACCAACUUCCUCAUCGGCAACCUGGCCUUGUCCGACGUGCUCAUGUGCACCGCCUGCGUGCCGCUCACGCUGGCCUACGCUUUCGAGCCACGCGGCUGGGUGUUCGGCGGCGGCCUGUGCCACCUGGUCUUCUUCCUGCAGCCUGUCACCGUCUACGUGUCGGUGUUCACUCUCACCACCAUCGCGGUGGACCGCUACGUCGUGCUGGUGCACCCGCUGCGCCGGCGCAUCUCCCUGCGCCUCAGCGCCUACGCGGUGCUGGCCAUCUGGGCGCUGUCCGCGGUGCUGGCGCUGCCGGCCGCCGUGCACACGUACCACGUCGAGCUCGAGCCGCCCGGUGUGCGCCUCUGCGAGGAAUUCUGGGGGUCUCAGGAGCGCCAGCGCCAGCUCUAUGCGUGGGGGCUGCUGCUCGUCACCUACCUGCUCCCCCUGCUGGUCAUCCUCCUGUCUUACGUCCGGGUGUCGGUGAAGCUGCGGAACCGCGUGGUGCCGGGCUGCGUGACCCAGAGUCAGGCCGACUGGGACCGUGCGCGGCGCCGCCGCACCUUCUGCCUGCUGGUGGUGGUCGUGGUGGUGUUCGCCGUCUGCUGGCUGCCGCUGCACGUCUUCAACCUGCUGCGGGACCUCGACCCGCACGCCAUCGACCCCUACGCCUUCGGGUUGGUGCAGCUGCUCUGCCACUGGCUCGCCAUGAGCUCGGCGUGCUACAACCCCUUCAUUUACGCCUGGCUGCACGACAACUUCCGUGAGGAGCUGCGCAAGCUCUUGCUUGCCUGGCCCCGCAAGAUCGCGCCGCACGGCCAGACCGUGACAGUCAGCGUGGUCAUCUGAUGCCGCCGCGCCAGGGCUUGGCUGGGGAGCUCCACGUCCACUCGUCUCGAGGGUACCCACCUGGGGCCGGACCGGAGCGCUUUUCCCCAGC